UGCGUUGCGUUAUUACCCAUUCGCGGUAUGAUUUCCAUCCUCUGGGAUGGCGUACUUUUAUUUAUAAACUCGUAAUUCACCAAACACGCAAUAAGUAUCCGUUUGCCAAGUGAUCUCUCGGACUGCUCGGGGCCAGAUUUGGCCACUCCAACAACACACAUCACCGUAGCCCUAUUUCCCUUGUUCACGAAAGUUCGCGGAGAUUGCUGCGCUUCUUUUUCUACGGUAACAACAAAAACCACCAUCCGUGGCUUCGUAGCUUACUUCCGGUAAUCUGGAUCCACAUGCUGGAGGAGGCGCAGCGGUGGACGGCACAAAGGCAGCACGAUGGAAGCGAUAUACAGAAUUGGCACCACGGUGCUGCAGGGCAUUUUCGACAGCAUCAAAGGCAUCACCGUGGUGUUCUACCUCGAUAAGGAGGCAAACCGCAAGAUUAGCCAACCUAGACCCACGAAGGAAAGCCUCUCGACGACCACCCAAUCGACACCACCGCAGGCAUCGAAACGAUUGAUCGAAGAAUCCAAGGUGCUGAAGCGGGUGGUCCAAUGUUCGAUGCUGAACGGUGGCAUCUUUAUGCUCAGCAUCCUGUUCUUCGAGUACGCGGUCCUGCCGGGGCUGCACCUUUUCCUCUGGUAUCUGUUCCGCAGCUCGACCACCCUGACGACGGUGUGGGGUUGGAUGCAGCCAUCGCUGUCGCUGUUGUUCAACUCGUUCUGGGUGGCCCCGCUCUUCCUGCUCAGCAAGAUCGUCAACAGUCUCUGGUUUCAGGAUAUCGCCGAUUCGGCCUACAAGUUCCGCAAGGGCCGGCCCCAGCUGAUACCGAGCAUCAGCAAGCUGAUUGCCGACACGCUGAUCAGCCUGCUCAUACAGAUCCUGUUUCUGCUGCAGAGCACGCUGGUCAAGUACCUACCGGUGCCGGUACCAUUCGCGUGCAGUGCCCUCUACAUGGUGCACAUGAGCCUGCUGUGCGCACUGUACGCCUUCGAGUACAAGUGGUUCAACAUGGGCUGGGAGCUGCACAAACGAUUGACCUACAUCGAACAGAACUGGCCAUACUUCCUAGGGUUUGGCCUACCGCUAGCGGUUCUCUCCGAGCUUCCCAACUCGAUCGUCAUCAGUGGCUGCGUGUUCUCGGUGCUCUUUCCACUGUUCAUCAUCAGUGCUAACGAGGCCACCCCGAAGGUGGACGUUUGUGAGACUCCGCUGAAACUGUUCUCGAUCGUAGUCGCGCUCACCAAUGCGCUGUUUCGAGGUCGAUCGAAACCCGGAAAGGCCGCUCUCUCGCAACCACUGACACCGAAUGCGAGAGGACUAACGCCACCGCUGUCCUCCACUACACCUUCAUUCGGUUUUCAAGGUGCAGCGCAGUUCCAGCAGCAGCAACAGCAGCAACAUCGUCACCAUCAUCGACAUCAUCGAUCCCAUCAGCGCAAUCCGUCUCCUUCGCCGUCCGGCGCAUCGUCCUUUGCCUCCUCGGCCUCCGUCCUGACGGCACAGCAAACCCUGCUCAGCAGGCCGUUACGGCGGUAGGGCCAUAUCGAUGAGUCCCGUCCGUGUGUCUUGCAAUCCGGAAACCAAGAAGGUGCUAGUAGUGAGAGUAAGGUAAUAAGGGAAGGGGGGUAACAGAUAUAUUGGAUACAACGAUGAGCAAGCUCAAAUCGGAACGAACGCAAACACAAUUUACCGACUGAUGCGAACCGUUCGCGAGAUAGUGCGAGUGAGAGCAACACCCAGGACCCCAGGCCGCUGACCGCUGGCCGACACGGAGCCAUCGCCAACCGCUUGUGCAGCAACACAAUCGCGACAAUCGCGCGCGCCAAAUAUUCACCAAUUAAAGGUUGCCUUUGAUAUGUUUCGUUUGUAACGUUAAGGUUGCCAAUAUCGCAGCUGUAGAUGCAACGGAAAUUCACCAGGGCUGAUAAGAAGACGAAAGCGGGUAGGGCCGCUUUGCAUUCUUACUGCUUUCUUUUAUACUCUUGUAGUAAUGCUAGAGCGUAUUCGAGACCGGGGAAACGGAGUUCGCUAAUGGGUGAAGGCAACGUAGUAGUACUAGACGAAGUAGCGUAGCACAACGCCUACUGACUGAACAUACGCGCUCGAUAACAGAGGACUUGCGCUGUAAAUUGCCACCAGCCGCUGACCAACUUUACCCACGAGCAUCGAUGAUAUUUAGCCAAGCAAGCUGCGAACGCGUUUUGUACUUUUAGUUUGGGUGGGAGUAUUCAAAAUUUGAUUUGCGCAACGGUAAUUUUAGGGCAAACGACAGCAUACAUACGACAGGAUAGCACACACUUUUUUACUCCAGCAUCCGUCGCUUAUUGAGGGAAAACACAAACUCAGCUUCAUGGAAGUUUCGUUUAGCUUUUUUUGUGGUUGUUAUACACGUGUUAACCAGCAGCUGCAAGCUGAACCGACUACUGCGGCGUCCUAGAACGGGAAUAAACUUUCAGUUUAACUCUUCCA